UAUUUAUAACCUAAAAUAUCACAUUUUUUAGAAAUAAAUUUUAUAAAAAACAAUAAUAUAGCUAAAUAAAAAAUUGAAUAGUGAUAAUUAUAAUUAGAAUGCCUCCAAAAAAAGGAAAUAAUGCAAAAGCAGCGAAAUCAACAAAAGGUGCUGAUGAAAGUGAUAAAGGAAAACAGGAAAAAAAAGGAGGAACAUCUGUAAAAGUCAGACAUAUUUUGUGUGAAAAACAAUCAAAAAUAAAUGAAGCUUUAGAAAAAUUAAAAGCCGGACAAAAAUUCAAUGAAAUAGCCGCUACUUACAGUGAAGAUAAAGCUCGUUCGGGAGGAGAUCUCGGAUGGAUGGUUAGAGGAUCGAUGGUCGGUCCAUUUCAAGAUGCAGCUUUUGCUCUACCAGUUUCUUCUUUAUCCAAUCCAAUUUACACUGACCCUCCAAUAAAAACCAAAUUUGGCUAUCACAUAAUAAUGAUAGAAGGAAAAAAAUAAUAAACUUAUCAUUUAUUAAUAA